UAUCUUCAAAAACAGGAAAGAGGGAAAAAAGAAGCAAACUUCUCAAAGCUCCUGGUUUCCCUUCUCUGGUGUGGCCUUUGACCUCUGCCUGGAAGGUCAGGCUGCCCCAUCGCCCCUCUGCAUUCCCUAGCUCUCCCCGACCCCGCCGUAUGUCAUUCAGACAACAAUAAGGAAAGUCCCAAGAAUUUGUGCUUUCAACAGCCACUACCCCCGUUUUCUUGGCUAACCCAACCAAACCAAUCAGUCACAAAUAUAGAGAAAUGUUCCAUAUUUAAACAUAAAGAGGAAACGCAAUAAAAGGCAAUGAGAAAAAUUCCCUCAGUUAGUUGGAAGGGCAGACUAGUGGUGAGCAGGGUACUUCUGCUUUACAAGAAAAAUUGAGGGUAAAGGAAGUGCGGAGUGCCAUGAAGAUGGGUUAAAACAUAAAGAAAAGCAGUGGGUGGGGCACAAGUUUGUGUGAGUGUGUGCAGGAGUGUCUCUCUGACCAAUGGGGCUGCGGGAAAGCAGCUGAGUUUCUCCGCCCUGUGUAAAACAGCCGGGCUCGCCGUGACAGCUCAGACAAUAUGCUUGUGAGGCACGGAGGAAGAGGACAGCACGCAGACUUUCCACACACACGCGCUUCACUGAAACUGCGACCCUCGGCAGACGGAUUUAUUUCUCUGUGUGGAUGCAGCUACUUCCUUAACGAUCAUGAACCAAUUAGCAAAAGCUCUGUAUGACAACACAGCAGAGUGUCCAGAUGAACUGGCCUUUAGAAAGGGCGACAUCCUCACAGUGAUAAAUCCAAACGUGGCUGGAACCAGUGGGUGGUGGAUGUGCUCUCUGUAUGGACGACAUGGCCUGGCACCUGCAAACAGACUAAAGCUCUUACCGCAGAUGGUGACACCAGCAGUGCAUGAAGUGCCCAGGUCAACUCAUGGUAAAACUGAUGACAGUGUGCAAAAUAUCUACCAGACACCCAGCAUCCCCAGAACCACCAGCAGUCCUGCUUAUGAACUCAUGGACACGAUCUACAAGGUCCCCUCUGCUCACUUAUUGGCUUCAAAAGGUUCAGAAGCACCAGGACCCGAAGCACACAAGCCUUCAUCCUUCAGUACAGCAUCCAGUCCAAAUGGGAAGAUGUACGAUGUGCCGAACCAACCAAAAAAAGCUUCCUUUUACACUAAGACAACGCCUCCUACACCGAUGCUACGAAUGCAAGUUCUGGAGAAGGGCCUUAACUCUCCGGAGACUUUAAUGUGUAGCAAACCAGAAGACUCUUAUGUGUAUCCGGUCCCACCACCCCCUUCUCAGGAGCCAAAUUAUGACAUCCCCAUUCCAUCAGUCACAGAAUCCCGAAUUAAAAUGAUAGAUGGAUACAACACCCUUCCCAGUUCUCGCAAACCUGAGUUGAUCUAUGAUGUGCCAGUGGGACCUGAGAAACAAAGUCCAUCCCGUGGCAUCUCUGAUACCAUGUCCAGCAAAUCAAUUUCCAGGCCGAUGUAUGACACUCUUCCAGCACAUCGAAAAGAAAGUCCACCUAUAUUGCUUUAUGAUAUACCCAAACCAAAAUCUCCCGAUAUCCAGAUUAAAACAAAAGUAUUACUAAAAGAUUACAACAAACUUCCAACCCCGAAGCCUACAGAAGAGUCUGUAUAUGUGGUUCCAGCCAAGGAGGAACACCUCAUCCAAGGUGUCACCGAUCAGCCCAAUGAUCAAAACCCCAUAGAGUGCAGGGGUAACUCAAGCAAUGAUUUUGAACUCCAAAGAGUGCGUCUGCAGCGGAUGAGGAACUUUCUGGUCUGUACAACCUUUCACGGCAUUCAAGAAAGCGGGCAAACUGCAUUGGGUGAAGAUGAGCAAGGUCGAAACAAGCAUCUGUCUGCAGCAGAUAAUCAAAGAAUCAGCACGGCCUCCAGCUCUUCCAACAGCUCCUGUGACUCUCUGGCCCUGAGCUCCUCUUCCCCCGAGCUUCUGCGAGAAGUAACACUCAGUCAGGAUGAGGCGUGCCGCAAACUGCUGGACUUGCAGGAGUCUGUUUGUGAAGCUGUCCCCAAACUCAUGCAUUUUGUCAGCAGUCAUUGGAGGUGUAAGGAACAUCUGGAGAAACAUCUCAAGGAGAUCAAAGAAGCAGCAGAGUUGAUUGUUUGUUCUCUGACAGGCUUCCUAAACUUUGCCCUAGAUGUUAAAGGAAAUGCCCGUCGUUUGACUGAUGCCAACCUGCAGACCAGGCUCUUUAAACAGCUUUCCAUCAUAGAGGAUUCAGGUGUGAUUUUACAACAAACAGUGAGUAAUCUGAAUGAGGCCAAAUGGCCUCUAAAUAAGCUCAGUCAGGAACCGGGGAAGGUCCAGACACCUGACCAAUUGGAGCGCUUUGUUAUGGUGGCAAGAACUAUUCCAGACGAUGUAAAGCGCCUAGUAUCGAUCAUCAACGCCAAUGGCAAGCUUCUGUUCCGAACUCCUCAGAGAGAUCAAGAGUCUGUAAACACCACGGAUCCUCCAGAAAAAAAAUGUCCUGACAAAACCAAACAAGAAGGGGACUUAGCUGAGGAUGACAACGAUUACGUGGAGCUGCAGACCAAGAAAGAGGAAAACAAACAGCAGGAAGUGCAGAAGGAACCUAAAGAGAAUGUCACACCAAGAACAGAGACGACGAAGGCCAAGCAACACUCCUCCGACUCUGGCACCGAAGAAAAGCAAUUAUCUUCCAUGUCAGAGCACUGUAGACUUUACUUUGGCGCUCUCCAAAAGGCCAUUGGUGGAUUUGUGGGAAGCCUUCAGGAUGGCCAGCCACCAGAGAAAUUCAUCUCACAAAGUAAGCUGGUGAUUAUGGUGGGCCAGAGACUGGUAGACACUUUGUACAGGGAAGCCCAUCGUAAAGGGUCUAACCAAAGUCUGCUGUAUAAGAGCAACCACCUGUGCGCUCUCCUGAAGCAGCUAGCUGUGGCCACCAAGAAGGCGGCACUGCACUUUCCUGAUAAGCAAGCUCUUCGCGAAGCUCAAGAGUUUGCAACGCAGCUGGCCCAGAGAGCACAGCACUUUCGGCUAUCGCUUGAGCUCUGAGGGUGAGCCCACGGUAUCAAGCGUACAGAUCUAUGUGAAGAGGAAGGUUUUAUUCAUCAGUCAUGUAGCUAUUUCUUUUUUAAUCAUGUUUAUAGUGUACAACUUCUGAGCCUAACUAUGCUGUUGCUUUUGCUGAUGAAUGCAGGUUACUGUUUAAAUAUUAACAACUG